CUCUCUCUCCCCUCUCUCUCCCCCCUCUCUACCUCUGCCUCUCUCUCUCUCUCACUUAUUACUCUCUCUCAGUCAGAGGGGAUUCUCCGUAACAGCUGUAGCUUAACGUGAUCCUCACUUCUCAUCAUCAUUUCAUUCAUUUUUUCCCCCCAGUAUUUUCUCUGUUUUCUCGAAUUGAAACCUCAGCUGCCGGAGUCACAGCUGACAUCCACUGUUUGGAUGCUACAAAGGUGCAUAGAGCUUAGAAGGAAUGGAAGAGAACUUUUAAGGCUGCUCUCGGUGCACCUUUCUCCUGGAUCGCUUUAUUUGCUGUUGAGAGAGGAUUCAACAAUGGAGGGAAUUUUGUUGUAGUGGAUGACUCAUUUAGGUUAUUUUUCUCCACUUAAAGCUGCUGGACGUAAAUUUUUUCUCCCUUUGUUACACCUGCAUGCUUCACCUCUAACACACUCUGUAGAAUCUGUGGGGACUUUAUGGAGUGUGAAAUUUUGUCAGUAAGUGUGAAGUUUGGAGGAGCAAAGUGAGAUAAAACAUGGCUGAUGGAAGCGCAGCUGAGUGUUGAACCCUCCUUUCCAGGAAGGCAGCCCAGACAUGACAACAGUGUCCAUGGAGCCUGUAGGAGUUCUGGUGGAGAGGGGCGCCAAUGCCACUGAUCCCCCUUUGAGCUCGCAUGAGGACACAGCCGCCACCUUCACCAUCGGCACCAUCCUCUCCAUCAUGUGCCUCAUCGGAGUCUCAGGAAACAUCUACACCCUGGUGGUCAUGUGUCAGUCCAUGAGGACUGCGGCCUCGAUGUACAUCUACAUCAUAAACUUAGCUCUGGCAGAUCUGCUGUACCUUCUCACCAUCCCCUUCGUGGUCUGCACACACUUCUUAAAGGGAUGGUACUUUGGGGAUGUGGGGUGUCGGAUUCUGAUCAGCAUGGACUUCCUGACCAUGCAUGCCAGCAUCUUCACGCUGACGAUCAUGAGCACGGAGCGCUACUUUGCGGUGCUCAAGCCGUUCGACACGGUCAAACGAUCUAAGAGUUACCGGAAGGCCAUCGCUCUGCUAGUCUGGGCAGCUUCUCUAAUUCUCACCCUACCGAUGAUUGUUAGCAUCCAGCUAAUGACAGUGGGCACCAAGGCCAUGUGUCAGCCCACCUUGUCACCGCUCUCCUACCAGAUUUACAUCUCCUUCCUGUUCUGCACUAGCAUUGUUGCUCCAGGACUGAUCAUUGGCUAUCUCUACAUCCAACUCGCACGGACUUAUUGGAUUUCACAGACGCAGACCUUCAAGCAGACCAAGAAACUACCUAAUCAAAAGGUGCUGUACCUGAUCUUCACCAUUGUGCUCCUCUUCUGGGCCUGUUUCCUGCCCUUCUGGAUCUGGCAGCUGCUGGGUCAGUUCCACCCGUCACUGCCUCUGUCCACUAAAGCCAAACGCAACAUCAACUACCUGACCACAUGCCUGACGUACUCCAACAGCUGCAUCAACCCGUUCCUCUACACGCUGCUCACCAAGAACUACAAGGAGUACCUGAGGAAGCAUAAACGGUCGUGGACGGCCGCCAGCUACUUCAACCGGCGGAAUCGUUUCCAGCGUUCACCACGCCGGUCGCCGUCUGCCAGCAGCCAGCAGUGUACCGAGAGCUUCAUGCUCACUCACACAGCCUCGCUGAGAGCUCAUAACAGCAGUUUGUGAGAUAUGACUGAGCUGAGGAGGGGGAACAAAGGACAGAACGAAGCUGUUGGAGACAUGGACAGCAGCAGACCAUCAGCUCCUCAUCGCUGCCACUCUGAAAAAGGACGAAGAAGCUUCUUUUGUAUUUCUUUUUCAAUAUGCGUGGGCACAAUAGUGUUGUAUGAGUGCCAGCAGGAACUGAAUGAGACGCUGGCUGCUGCUGUUUGAGACUAUAUGAAACAGACUCUGAUAUCUGUACUGGUUACUCCUAGAACUUUCUGUGGCAUGGAGCAAGAGAUCAGCGUCUUGCAUAACAAAAAGAGGCUGUUCAGCUUUUCUGAUUUUCUGUUAUGGUCCCCUUUCUGUCCUCCUUAUGUUGAACUGGGUCAACCUGCAUGCGAAAAUGUCUUUGAAACUGUUGUUGGUGACUGAGAGGAGCUGUGUACACAACAGGGGAGUCAUGCUGUUGGCACACAACAAAGGAAAGGCAACAUUAUAGUUUGGUUUACAAAAAUAAAAAAAACAAAAAGGGAAACAAUAUAAUCAUGAUAUAAUCAAGCUGCAGUGAAAAAGUGCAUGACGGCUGCAGCUGCAGCUGCUUUGAUGCAGUUCCUAUAUAGAAAACAGUAGGUAAGGAUUUGGGGGAAUACAGCUAUUUGCUUUUUUUCCUCAGAAUUGCACACAAAGGUGAACUCCACUCUGCUUAUCUGUAGUCUAAAUGUAAAGCUGUCUUCAGAAGCUGGUGAGGAAAAAGUCUAAUAUAACUAUAUCUACCUUAAAGCUCUGAAACGAACACCUUAUAUCUCUUUGUUUUGGCUUUAUAAAAUCCUAAGCGUACAUGUGACACAUUGUGGUUGCUGGUGGGUGAAUUCUGUUUCCUGUUUCUAGUCUUUGUAACAAUUGAAGCUAACCAGACAGUUUACAUGUACAGAUACAAGAGUGGCAUCGGUCUCCUCAUCUGCCUCUCUAUGAGGAAUGACUGCUUUUCCCAACACGUUGAAAUAUUCCUUCAACGGAAGACAGACAACAGCACUGUUUGGAUAAAAUUGAGGCAGUCUCUUUCAUUCGAUUUCAAAUAAAGCAGCUGCAUCUCUUUAGCAAAAAGUUGUGCAACAAAGAACUUAGCUCUACUUUGACCACAGCUUAUGUCACAGCGCACUGAUCUGCAGGGUUUUAUUUUCUGAUAAGCUUUCAAACUCAAGGAUUUAUAACUGAAACAAAUGAAGCCUAUUAGAUUUUUUUUUAAUACGGUGCUGUUCUCUAUCCAAACACCCAAUAAGGCUGGCAGUAUUCUGCAUUUUCUUUACUUCUAACAAAGGCAAUGAAAAGACCAAAACCGAUAAUAAAUGGAUCCUCAAUAUGAUCUGUGUAGUCAAAGCUAAUACAACAACAUCCAUAAUCCUCUGCACAAUAGAGCUCCAUUGUCAUCCAGAAACUAAUAAAAACACACCAGUGAGCCACACUACCACAAGAGCACACAAUCUGGUUUAUUUAGAGUCAACCCCACGUAUACCUUGCUGCUGUAAAUACUCAGGAGAGCUCUAACUGUGGAUUAAUCUGCAGCUGAAAAUAGUCACCAACAAAUGUACUCUCUCCUCCUGCGUGAGAAAUUUCUUCAUUCUACCGUAUCAGGCUGUUUUGUGAAAUUAUAGGGACUUUAAAAAAAAAAUUCUCCUGAGGCAUUUCUGAGGACAUCUUUAAGAUGAAUAAAUGGUGCCACAAACAGGAUUAGAACUCUGAUAUUAGGACUUACACAAUGCAGGUUUUGGUCUUUCAAGGGAAGUCUAGAAUAACACCAGCCUAAAACACUACAACUCAAACUGAACAUUUUGUAACAAACUGUAAAAAGAGAAACUGAAAUAUAUGGUUGAGAGAAAAAAAAAGAUUUCCCCGUAUAGAUAUUGUAUUUCUUCUGUUUACAGAUAUUUAAAUUCCUCCACAUGUCAAUACUGCUUGUUAAUGCUACUGUGCAAUGCUAUCAAAUUCUGCAACAUCCCAACUAAACACUGAAAGAGCCAGAAGUGCUUUUGGUGUGUGUUCUGUCAGGUCUGUGAGGCUCCUAUGAGGUCUCUAUUGUCACCCCAGGCCAGUCUGAUCAUCUUACAGCUCCAAUUCUAAUAAAAGAAAUUAUACAAAAAUGAGUUGCAGGUAGGAACAAAGCUGCUACAUCUCUAUUGAUUUAACUCCCAGUGCAGCAGCAGACAAGCUGCAAACAUUGCCUGGUUGAUGCGUAUUUAACCAAUCAAACCUCUGAAGAAAUCUUUUUCUUGGGUUUGGGAGGUUUUGUAUGCAGAAGCUUGAAAAGGGAGAAAUUUACACAGAUAUCACAGUGGGACCUAGAGAUGUUCAGUAGCCUUUUGUAGAUGUAGCCUGCUGGCUUUAGCACUCAUGUACACUGUAUAUAGACACACAAGAAAUCAACACUGGCUAUGUUGUGGAGUAAAACCAGAUUUUAUACCCUGAAAUUGAGUCUGCCAUGUCAUAGAUAAACCUAUUUACUGGCGGCAGAUGGGACUGCUUGCAAGUCAAAAAGCGUGACAAGGUUUGGUUGCUUUCUGCGCUCUUUGAGUAGGUUACUUGGAAUACAAGACGAGGAAGCGUUAAUCCUAACACUGUGUCAUAGUACGAGCUCCAUUCCUGCAUUUUAAUACCUAGGCUACAGUGAGUGUUAAGAUUUGGUUUCACUUUUUCCCUGCAUUCUUACAUAUAAAAAGCAAAAUGGGAGUUUCUGCAAUGUUUAAGGUCCACAUUAAUAUUCAUUACAAGACUCAGAGGCUAUUUUAAUAACUGUUUUGGAUUGUAAUCACAAACUAAUCAAAACUUCUGAAUUGCUUACCCCUGAUGCAAAAUUUAAUUUAUGGGAGACAGAGCUAAGCUCAGUGGACUGUGGCGAACCCUCUGCAAAACUCACUAUCAUAAGUACACAUUGCAUAUAUUUGUAUUAAUUCAACUUCAGUUAGAUCUAAGUCGGUGUUGACUUAAAUAUAAACGAAUCACUCACAACAUUAAAACCUAACAGUGUGUAAGUCCCAGAUUGCUCGAUGGAAUUGAGAUCUGGGAAAACACCUUAACUUCUUUGUCAUGUUCUUCAAACCAUUUGUGAAGAACUUUCACAGAGAGAGGACACCACCUUCAGGGAAUACUGUUGCCAUGAAGGGAUCCGGUAGGUGGUGUGUGUCAGUAGCAUCCACAUUAAUGCUGGGUUGUCAGGUGGGGCAGCUGUGGCUUAAGUGGUAGAGCGGAUUGUCUACUGAUCGCAAGGUUGGUGGUUCAAUCCUUAACCCACACCUUCACAGGUGCUAUGGUAACUAAAUAAUUAUUGCCCUUCACUUUGCAUGUCAGUUUUAAAAUUGUGGCUGAUCGAUAUUUAAUCAAUUGAGGACCAGUCCACCAGUUUCACACAUGAAGAUCAAAUGACUUGUUUUGGACAGAACUGCUCAGCCUGCUGAAACAGUUGCACAAUGUUUUCUGUUGCUGGAAGCUUUCCUCAUGAUUUCAUCACAUAUUUCUCUGCUUAGGCUUGUAAUCUUCUUGGAUUACAAAAGGAGGCGAAUUGUUUAAAAGUCUUUAAAUUUAUCAGGCAAGGACAAACAAAUGGGACUCAACCCACUUUGAGCCUCAAUUUGACUUCUUUGCAGACUUUUCAUUUCUCAACAUUCAACUGUUAUGAGUUUUAAAGCUUUAUGGAAGUACAAUAUGCUGUAGUAAUAUUUCUUUAGUUAUCAGAUAUGAAUGAAUGGUCUUGUUUCAAUAAGGGACCAAAAUGAAAUGUUUAAUUAUAAUAUUUUAGCCAAUUCCCUCAUGUCGGUUUAAGUAUAAGAGCCCUAGAGGCCUAAUUCAGUCUGACUGCAUCAGAAAGCUGUCAGGCUACACUCAUCAACAUUCUGAAAUAAAUCUGCCUGUCAGUAGCGGCUUUAGUGAAAACCACAAGGGCUGAGAGAAAACAUACCAGGGCAUUUAACACUAGGCUUCUUUAACUUAUUUUUGACUGACAGAACAAAACUAUCAUCCUAUUAGUCCUGAUGAAAGAUAGUCCAAAAUUUCCUAAAUAGAUGGAUUCAUAGCAAAAUGUAGGUGUGUAGCUGCAAGAUGUUCAAGUUUCUUAACCAGAUAUUCAUUUUAUUAAACUCUGCAUUCCAUCAGUGUGAAUCAAAUGUUGCUGUCAUUGUAUACAAAGUAAACAGAAAGACAUAACUAGAUGCCAAUUCAUCUGGAGUGCAAUGGACCAACCAAAUACGUGUUAAAAUGAGUUCAAAAUGUUGGAAUUUGAGAAAAAAAGAAAGACUUGAAGCAAAUUUACUUCAUAAAUUUAUAUGACAGAUUAGUUGCAAGGUAGCAAGAAUGUAUGUGUUUUUAGUUUUCUUACAGCUAAAAUCUGUCAGGACAAUGACAGGCAAAUAAACACCAGCAGACCAGUGGUAAAGUUUGUCCUUUUUUCUUCUUCUUGGCUUAAUGCUUUCUGUCUGAACACACCAUAAUGUGGGAUGACUGAUGAUUGCGAUGAGUCUCAACCAAACUAUGUGGGUUAGGAACCAAAAACCAGUCCGCUAAAAGUAGGUAAACACUGCAUAGAGCUGUAGAGUUGGCUGUUGAUUCUUGGUGGGUUGAGCAUUAUAAUAUAAACUCAUUGCUAUUACAGUUUUCAUAUUUCCUCAUAAAUGUCAUUUGUGGUGAAACAUACUCCUGUAAAUUCAGUCCCACUCAACCCUAAAAAAAAAAAAAAAAAAAAAAAAAAAAAGCCCUUAAAAGUUUAGGGCAACCCGAUAGCUGAGUGGUUAGAGUGUAAUCCACUUGGGCACUAAGCAAGUUCCUGGUUCGAAACUUGGUCAGUUGGACCUUUUAUUGCAUGUCAUAUUCCUACAUUCUCUUCCUCUUUCCUGUCUCUAUCUACUGACCCUGUUAACAAAGGCCCAAAUAAAUGUGUUGGAAAAAAAGUGUUUAAACCAGGUUAUUUCAAAUGCGUAGCCUGUAUGAGUCUAGCUCGUAUGGUUGAUAUAGCUCUACCAAGUUCAGCUUGAAAAUACAUAAAUCACAGGGUUAAGAAGAGACUUUUCCAUGCAUGUUGAUGUAGGCACUUGAGACAUUCAUCUUGUAAGAGGUUGUACAUGUGGGCGACCAUGCUUUAGUACACUGUGUAAAUCUCCACCUGCUUAAUUAGGUUGUGUUAUGCUAUAAUAAUGGAUCAGAAAUGCCGUCCAGUCGGAGGUUUGUGUGCCCUUGGUGGAUGUUGUAUUUAUAUUUAAUUGCAUUCUCCCUGCGGGUGGCAUGAACACCUGGAGCUACAUCACAGAGCAACACUGAUGCUGUUUUUCUGUUGUCUCCUGUCAAAUAAAGACGAUGAGUGAUGUAAAUUAUGUGCACUCUUAUUAAAGAAACAGUUUGACCUCUC